GCUGUAGCACCACCAUCGCCACCAGUCCCACUAGCACCACCAGUCCCACCAGCACCACCAAAGGAGAAAGGCCCCAUUCCUAAGGAGCACCAGAUCCUGCAAGAAGUUUUUGAGAGACUGCGGGUGAACUGUUAUGAUGCUACUCUUAAUCCUCAAACGAGGCGGAAGCUGGAUGAUGUUGCACGUAAGCUUGAGAACCUUUACGACAGGUUACGAGAAGAUGCGCUCGCACCAGCAACGAUAACCUAUCUUCAUGAGAUCGUACGGGCUCUACAGGAGAACAACUAUGACAAGGCACUGGGCCUGCACAGCCAGCUUGUCGCCAUCUCCAGCUUCUCCGAGACAAGCAGUUUCAUGCCUGCACUGAAGACCCUGCUCCAAAUCUCCAAACAGCUAGGUGUGUUUGUGCAAUAGCCCCACACUGUUGUUCCUGCUUAAGUCUUCUGCACCUAUGAUGCCUUGUCCCGCCGCGACACUUUUUUUCCCAUUUUCUUUCGCCUUUUUACUAGAAACCAAAACAGCACUUUCUUUCACUUUUAAUAAAGAAUGUUGGGUUUAAAAAACUGUAGUACCACUUAUUGUGUGAACCCUCAAAAUGAAAAGCGCAACAAUCAUGCCUAUAUGUUUUUACAACAAUUUUCUGUAAUUUUUUUUCAAGGGCUGAUUUUAUUUUUGUAGUUGAUUUUAUGAAGCUGUUUUUACACAGAGUCUCGCUUGUGAAUGGUGUAAGUUGUUUAUGACCCACAUUCUGGUCUGCUUGUGGGAGUGUAUCAGGAACAAGAGAGUGUGACUGUGCUGGGGUAGUCGUGUCAUAAGCGUGACUUGUUUUCCGAGUUGGGUGCCUGCGCUUUGUCGAUUUCUUGUGAUUCAGUGUAGAGCCUAUUUUUCACAAUGUGCUACACACAAACACAAACACUAGUACUCAAUGUUUCUUAACAUACCAUAUUUAAUUGCAUAAUUUGAGCACUUUUCUUUUUUCGCGAUCAUAAACUUCGAGAAGGGUGUGCGGAGAUUUCGUGAACACAUAUGAAAUGAUGUGCAAUAGUCCUAGCAGGUGUAGUAUAUAUGUUUAAAAAAAUGAAUUGGACUGGAAACGAAGUGCACUUUAUUAUAUAACAGAAUAUGCUAAAAGCUAUUACCAGUCGGAUCUGGUCGCACGAGGUCUAGUCGCGAUCACUGAUUGAAAGGGCCGAUUGGGAAUCAUCAUUGCAGCUGCUGUCACGGCCCUCCCAAAGUGCAUCUCCCAGAGUGCAAGGGAGCGCUUUUAAAUAGCCAAUUUUCUUGAAGCUCUUUUCUACACUGGUAGGAGAAACUAGGUCCCACGACCGGAUGACCUAAGCGUUAGCACAUAAUUGAAAAGGCCUUCUUCAGUGGCAGGAAACAGAUACAGGUAAACCUGGAUAUAAUGAAAUUGACCAAUCCUCAGAAAAAUUCGUUAUAUCAAGGAUGUCUCUCUCUGCUACUUUGUUGGCAAACUUUACAACAGCGAGCUUGAAUUUCGUCGUAUGUAUAAUUAUUCAAGCCCAUCACAAGGGAACAGUAAAAACAUGGACAGAUAGUGAAACCUAAACUUCUGAAAUUAAUGAAGCGUGCAUUUCAGCGCUGACGCAGAGGUUGAGGGGAACAGCGUGACAGGGCGACAGGCCCUUACGAGAGCCCUCACACGUCACUGAUGCAGAAAGCUGUCCCUGCUGUGAUGUGAGCGUGCAUUCUCAUGGUGAUUGAGAUGGAGGGAUAGAGGGCGGCGGACGCUUGAGCAGUUGCGGUGAACCAACAGUCUUGAGUGUACAGGUACGGUAUUCUAGGUUCAGGCUAAGUCCUCAGAAGGAGGGACAUCGCACUCAUAGCCCAUUUGGCUGCGCUCGCCUGCGAGGCGAAGCACCCAAGCAACUGUCUAAAGCAUUCGAAAGGCAAAAGUGUCUUCGUGCACGCACCGGUGAACUGGGUCAUGCAGGUCACAGAGCUCAAAACAUGCGAGUAAAAAAAAAUAUAUAUAUGUUGUUUUAGUAAAGCUGGCAAAAUAUUCGGGGUGUGCAAAUUAUGCGACUGAAUAUGGCAUUUAAUCGUUCUGGAAGUACUGUUGAAUUUGAUGUUAAGCCCAAACUGAAACAGUACUAAUUCAUUUCUCGUGGCUUGCUCAUUUAAUUCAGGACAACUUGAGCUAUUCUACUCUCAAACCUCGAUAUAACUAAUCGAGAUAUAACGAAAUAUCAGUUGUAACAAAGUAAAUAAAUAAUAUUCUCGCAAUAGAUUUAGUGCCAAGAAUAAACUUUUAACGAAUUUUUAGAUACAACAAACUUAUUUUCAUGUAAGAUGCAAGUUUGUUAUUAUGAGGUUCGAGUGCAGUUCAUGCCGGGUCUUGUUAGCUUUAUGGGUUUCUUUGAAAUGAGUGUGUUGUACAAAAGGAACCUCUCUUGAAACCAGUAAUUAAAAAGCAGGCAUUUACAGUACUUUAAAAAAAAUCUAAAAUGUUUAUACAGUAAAAUCUCACUAAGCGGAACCUGAAGGGACCAGGAAAAUGUUUCGUUUAACAGGACUUUCGUUUACUGAGAGAUGAGCAGGGGUGCAGAAUUCAGGUACGAAACUAAUUUUGCUAAGGGCAGAUGGUCCGUUUAAACAAAAGUUUUGUUUAACAGAGUUCAAUUGACUGAGAGUGCACUGUAGUCAACAUUAGCUACCCUUGAUGUUACAAUAUCAGGCUGUCUGAAAAAUAGGCAGAUUUUUUUUUUUUUGCCGUUUCGCGAAUUUCUUGUCACUUUGGUCUUUAGAGAAAAGAUCUUUCAGUGCUUGCACUUCUUGUGUGCACUUGUCGCAGUUUGUUUUUAUAUUGAAAGUCCUCUGUGGCACGAAAGCUUUUACUGAUGAAGCACAGUGAUAAGGAUGUUGAGGUCAUCCUGAAAAGCUGGUGUCUGCUGAGGGUAAUUUAGUUGGUAAACAUGUCACGUUGGGGCACAUAUUGUGUUACCAAUACAUAAAGAGAAAAUAUAUACCUAGGGUUGCAGCAGGAUGCAUUGACUUUUUUUUUGAAUAUGGCAAACCUCUAGAUGCUUCUUCCUAACGACCUGUCAUGCUUUUGGCAGGAUAUGCCUUUCUGUAGGAGUGUACUUCAGUGCUCAAUGCUUUUCUUUUGCAUAAUAGUCUAUCAGGCUCUCUUACUGGCUAGUUAUCUUUGCAAAUAAUAAUCUAUCUUGAGCCUUAUAGUUUUCUCAUUGGAUAGGCUUCAGCGCAAUUUAGAGGAAAACAAAAGGAGACACACAGAACACAGACGAGCGCUCGUCUGUGUUCUGUGUGUCUCCUUUUGUCUUCGUCUAAAUUGUGCUGAAGCCUAUCCAAUUAUGCACCAACUCGCCCAAGUCAAAGUGCUUUUAGAACACAUUUCUCAUCAUGCCGCGGUAGCUAUGCGUUCAAGCAGAGUGUUUUAAAAUUUUUGGUACAAAUCACCUUUAAUAUGUUGUCUGGUAAACACACUGUUUUCAAGGUUGCAAAUGCGAAGAAUAAAAGCUACAAAGAGGCUUUUAUGUUUCUUUUUGUUUUGUUCGCCAAUGUUGUAGGCACCAUGUGCAAAAGCUCUGAUGUCACAUGUUAUUACUGUGCUGAUUAUCAUGAACAGAGGCUGAUGAACUUUGUUAUUACUGUGCUGAUUAUCAUGAACGGGGGCUGAUGAACUUUGUGAUCUCUAGUUUCUGGCAGUUGCGUGCACUGGGCCGGUAUUAGUUGUGGCACAUAAAUUGAAGCUGCACUGUAUGUAAUGUUAGAACUUCUAGAUCCAAGUUUAGGAAAUUUCUGGAAAUAGGUUUCAUUUCAACAAUUUCUACCAAAAUGAUGUAAAGUUUCUAUUAAAAGUCUGGUUUUAACACUUCAGAUAUUUGUACAAGUGGUGGGUCAAGAGUUGCCAUUCUGCAGUACACUACAAGAAUAUAGAAAAUAAGAGAAACUCUGUACACAGGCGAGACGGUGUAUAUGCCAAUAUGUAGUAAUUUCUUAUUUAGAGAACAUUCAGUGGAAUUUCAACUUAUCUCUUCAAUUUACUAGAAUUUCCGGGAUCAGACUUGCGUAAAAGCUACUGAUUCUCUCUUCAGGUUCAUCCUGUCACUGUAGCAUUCUAUUGCAUGUAGCAGAAUCGAUAUGUCUAAGAACUUGAAUGGAAUAGCGAAGUUGUGCGAUAAACCAAUUUGUGUUCACAAAGUUUUUGAAACUUACCAGUCUCAUUUUUUAAAGUGGAUAAAUUUUUGCAGCCUGUUAUUGUGGUGCACAAUGCUCAUUUGGAAAUUUUUGUACUUCUGUUAUAAGCUACUGUUUAUAAAAAACAAAGGCAUCGUGUGCUGCAGUCUUGUCAUAUGAGAAAUGUUGACUUUGACGUUGUUGGGGAAUGAUUGCCAAUUGUUUAUAUAUAACGAACACAUAUAUAACAAAGAAACAAAUAAAAAUAGGUUGGUCAUGUUUUAUUGCAA